AUGAAGGGAAUUAUGCGUUUCAGAAAACGAGGAAAGUUAAGCCCAAGAUUUAUAGGUCCUUUCGAGAUACUGGACAGAGUUGGUCAGGUAGCUUACCGUUUGGCCCUACCGCCAACAUUAGCAGAAACGCAUAAUGUUUUCCACAUUUCCAUGUUACGUAAGUAUGUACCUGAUCCGACUCAUGUUCUUAAAUACGAGAACUUGAACUUGCAGCAGGACAUGAGUUAUAUGGCACGCCCUGUGCGCGUGAUAGAAAAGGGAAUAAAAGUCUUACGAAAUAAGACUAUACCCUUAGUUAAAAUCCUGUGGAGUGAUAGUUCUGAUAGAGAAGCGACAUGGGAGUUGGAGACGAACAUGCAGAAACGGUACCCCAAGUUAUUCUCAAGUAAGUAA